AUGCGGGUAAAUAAUGCCAGUGAUCCUUGGUCAGGCUGGAAUAUUGGGAAGUCUGGGAACUGGGAUAAUGGAACUACUGGAGACAGCUGGGCAACGAAACCUGAAAGUGCAGCUGGCCAGAGGAACAGUGCUUCAAAUAACUGGGAUACAGCAGCAACAUUUGGUCAUCCACAGGCAUAUCAAGGACCAGCAGCUGCUGAUGAUGAUGAUUGGGAUGAUGACUGGGAUGACCCGAAAUCAUCUUCACCAUCUUACCUUGGUUACAAGGAAACUGAGUCGUCAGAGGCUGGGGGGUCCCAGCGUGGAAACUCUCGUGCAGCUGCUAUGAAGUUACCACUUAACAAAUUUCCUGGAUUUGCGAAACCUGGAAUGGAACAGUAUCUAUUGGCAAAGCAGCUAGCAAAACCAAAAGAGAAGAUUCCCAUAAUUAUUGGUGAUUAUGGCCCAAUGUGGGUUUAUCCUACCUCUACAUUUGAUUGUGUGGUGGCAGAUCCCAAAAAAGGUUCAAAAAUGUAUGGUCUCAAGAGCUACAUUGAGUAUCAGCUGACCUGCACUAACACUAAUCGAUCUGUCAACCACAGAUACAAGCACUUUGAUUGGUUGUACGAGCGUCUCCUGGUUAAAUUUGGAUUAGCCAUUCCAAUCCCAUCUCUUCCAGACAAGCAAGUAACAGGGCGCUUUGAAGAAGAAUUUAUCAAAAUGCGUAUGGAGAGGCUGCAAGCUUGGAUGACAAGGAUGUGUCGCCAUCCUAUUGUUUCAGAAAGUGAAGUUUUCCAGCAAUUUCUCAAUUUCCGAGAUGAGAAGGAGUGGAAAACUGGAAAGCGGAAGGCAGAAAAAGAUGAAACUGUCGGAGUCAUGAUCUUUUCCACAAUGGAACCAGAAGCUCCUGACCUUGACAUGGUAGAAAUGUAAGGUGUUGGUUUGCUUGCU